AUGUUAAUUGAUAAUCUUGUCGAGAAGCCAUUUAAACCAGUGGAUCUGAGCGAAAACAUGAUUCGGGAGAAGUUUGAUAAGAGAAUAACAGCAUGGUUACCAUUCGACAGCUCAAUAUCCGCACUAUUUUAUCUAGCAUACGCUCAUCAGAUAUUCUCUCUAAUAUUUAUCGGACUUAUACAUCCCACAUGUGAUAAUUUAGUUUGUGGAUUAUUGCUGCACAUCUGCUGCCAAAUCGAGAUUUUAGAAUAUCGUUUGUCGAAUAUUGCGAAUGACCAAGAAAAUCUGCGCAGUUGCGUACGCCAUCAUAUAUAUAUAUUUGAGUACGCGUAUAUACUGAACGAUAAAUUUGGCAAAAUAAUUCCUAGUGAGUUCUUAAUGAUCACAGUGGUAAUGUGCUACAAUUUAAUUCAUAUGGCUUUUAGAGCAUCUAAUACCGUUUCUUAUAUACAAGAUGUUAUGGUUAUAGCUACCACUCUAGCUCCAAUUUUUUAUUAUUGUUGGUUUGGCAACGAAAUCAAGCUCAAGAGCCUUCAAUUAUCAGAUAGUAUUUAUAAUAUGGAAUGGACUAUGUUCAGCAAUAAUAUGAAGAAAGGACUCUUAAUGAUCAUGAAUCGUGCUACGAUACCAAUUGAAUUUACCAGCGCAGAUAUUAUGCCGGUAAAUCUUGACUCUUUCGUAAAGUCGCAGAAACAGUAAAAUAGCACAAA